UGCCACCUUGCUGGCGUUGCCUCCCCCGCCCAGUCCACCCACCCUCAUUCCAAACAAUCUGCUUUCCCUUUGAGCAGAUAAACUUUGCUCCUUUUCCUCUCCGUCCAGGUUCUGCAGCUGCCUGCCUACCGGCUUUAGUGGUUUUUGGCAUCUCUGCAAGGGGAAAAGAAAUACAGACCGCUGUUUCCUCCCCCCCCCCUUCCUUCCCGGUGUGCUGGACCGACGCUUGGCAACUGAGGAAGGACACGGAGGAAGGAUCCCCCAGGGGCAGCCGGCCCACCAAGGCAGGGAGCCAUGGGCACCUCGGAGGAGGACUACAACUUUGUUUUUAAGGUGGUCUUGAUUGGAGAGUCCGGAGUUGGGAAGACCAACCUCCUUUCCCGUUUCACUCGCAACGAGUUCAACCACGACAGUCGCACCACCAUUGGGGUUGAGUUCUCCACCCGCACCAUUAUGGUGGGAAAUGCCCUGGUGAAAGCACAGAUCUGGGACACGGCCGGGCUGGAGCGUUACCGUGCCAUCACCUCUGCUUACUACAGGGGAGCGGUGGGCGCCCUCUUGGUUUUCGACAUCACCAAGCACCAGUCGUACGAUGUGGUGGAGCGCUGGCUGAAGGAGCUCUAUGACCACGCCGAAGCCACCAUAGUUGUGAUGCUGGUCGGCAACAAGACAGACCUGGCCCAUUCCCGAGAGGUUCCAACGGAGGAGGCCAAAAUGUAUGCAGAAAACAACGGCCUGCUCUUUGUGGAAACUUCGGCACUGGACUCUACAAACGUGGAACUGGCUUUUGAAACUGUUUUGAAAGACAUUUUCAACAAAGUGCAGAAACAGAAGCAGAAAAGCCCGCUUGACAACACAGUUGCGCUCUCUGCUGAAAACUCCAACGCCGUGUCAGCUUCUCCAUCCACGGAAGGGAAGCGUACAUGCUGCCUGAACCUCUGAAUGGGACAGGGGCAUAUGGGGAACAUCAGCCAAGUUGUGGGGACAAUGGGAAGCAUGUGCGCAAGUUCGCACUCAAAUGCUGGAUAGUUUGCGGUCGAGAGAUGUGGUCUGCCUCCGGUCUCUGUAAGUGGCUGGUAGCUUAUGGAGGAACUAAGCAAUUCGCGUCACCAAGGACCAUGAAAAAUUCGCCGUUUCUGUAGAGCUAUACAUUUUUAUCUCCCCACCACUCCAACUGGUCUUCCAGAUCCUAUCAAGCCAUAGUUCUCUACACGUAAAAACAGGCAUAAUCCAGCAAAAAUUAGCUUGUGUCAGAAUAGGACUUUGCUAUGACCAGCAUAAAUCCCAGCAACUGUAGUGAGGUUUACCCCUUUAUGCUAACCAGAUUGAUUUGGAAGUAUGCCGCACUCAGUUAAGUGGAUUUUUUCUGGUAGUCUCUUAAACAUGUAAAAAGGAACCCUGAUGGCCAUUGACCCUGAGAACCAACAUGGUGCAUUGAACAGUGUCCUACCAGGAUCCUGGGAGACCUGAGUUUGAAUCCCGACGUCUAUGAUGGAAGCUUACUGGGAGACCUUGGCUCCAUCACAAACUCUCAGCCUGGCCUACCUCACAAGAUUGUUGUGAGAAUACAGAGGGGGUAGAACAAUGUUCUUAAGCCACUUUGAGACCCAACUGGAGAGUGCAGGGGGUUGGACUAGAUGACCUGCAAGGUCCC